GCAUUCUUUUCAGAACCAGCAACACAAAGCUCUUUGUCCGAAAGAGGAAUGAACUUUGCGGAAAAUCCUGUCGUGGAGAACACAUUCUCUCUGCCCAGAGAUGUUUUUGAGCGACUGUGGUCGUCGCAACAAAGUGUAUCAGAUACCAGCUCUACUUCAACAAGCUAUACAAGAAAUCCAGCUUCUGCAAAUACCACUGGCCAAUGCCGUCGCCUUUCCGGUGGUUUAAACGUUACCGAGCUAACCGGAAGUAAAGCUAAACGACCUCGUUUGUCAAUCUCAGAACAAGCCCUUACCCAGAGGGAACAUCUCCAAAGGGAACAGCAAAAGCAGCUUAAGCUGCAGCUCAUUAUGCAAAAGCUUGAAAACACCAGAGAAAAAGUUCAGAGGUUGCUUCAACUACAGAAAGCGCGAGGACGUCCAGAAAAAUACCGCCAUAACUCGGCAGAAAAAUCAAUUGAUUUGGAAAGUUUUCAGCGUCGUUAUGUUCUUUUGAAACGAAGAGCUAACGCUCUCAACAGUCUACGCAGAAGUAUACAGGACAAAGUCCCAAUACCUCCCGCACAAUCUCAGUUUCAAGGAUCCCGAUGCGUGCCUGGGAUCAACCUUGUUACCAGUGGAGCUUGGUCGAAAGAGCAUGGAUCGGGAUAUUCUUAUGACUCUUUCCACUCUGCUGGGUUAGCCUUGGACCAUGGGACAUAUCCCAGAAUUGUCGCUGUUCACUGUGUCAUGGACAGAGCAGCUGUUAAAGCUGUACAUCAACCUUACCAGCAAAAAGACAAACCUCCUUAUGCAAGUGUUCCACGAAAAUCUGAUUAUGUGUACAAGAAAAAUGACUUUCAGAAAAAUGGAACGUUUUCCCGUUUAACAAACGCAAGUAGUUCCUCAGUCGAAAAUUUCAGAACUUGCGAAGGCGACGAAGUGGUCUUGACAAAAGUCAUUCCUGGAAAGAAGGAAAGAAAACAGCAGGAGGUAGUAAACUUAGCGAACUGCAGCCAACGAGCAAGGGACAACAACAAACAUUUAUUAGAAAAUGCGGCCGUCCCAGACGAUGCCACCCAUCUUAAGGAUCGGCAGGAAACUUUUGUUCAUCGUGUAGACAUUGGUCAACUGACAACUGUUAGUCAUCCAGAAUACGUGGUAAUUGCCGAGGAACAUACGAGACAUGUCAAACAAUCGGGAAAUGUUGAUAAUCAGGUUUCUAAAGACAAUACUCCAACAAAGCAAGCUGAACUCAGUCAAAAACAGCAAAAUGGUCCCCCACCCUAUCUUCCUGUUCUUGACAAGACAAGAAUGAUGGAACGAGAGAAAGAAGUGAAUCAAGAACGCCCUGUCAGCACUGCCUCGUCAGCCCACAAACUGGCCAAGACAGUACUGGAAAUCAGCGAGAAAAUCGUCCAGACGAGGGAAAGAAUCAAGAACGAGACAAUCGAUUGGAAGAAAUGCGUUCUUUUUAAACUCGAAAAGCGUUUGAUUCAAAAACUAAGGCGAGCUGAACGUUUAACUGGACAGAGAACCGAGAUCGAGGACCUGCGAGACGAGGUCCCAGGGCCAGUGACCAACGGCAAAAAGGGCAAAGUUCAAGGUCAACGGAAAAGAAGCAGUCGCAAAGAUAACCAACCUGAAAGCACAUGCGCAACGGAUGGCGACGCAGACAAAAGUCAAGGUCACGAAAGAAGCCUGAGUCGGCAGUGCAGUAUGAGUGAUAGCGUGACAGAUGAUGAAACCGUUGAUUGUCACGGACGGGAGAAAAGGAGUAGCGUAUCGGAUAUCGGAUGCGAAAGUGAGCAAAUGAAGAACCGUCAACUUGAUAGCGUGACAGAAUGCGUGACGGAAGAGAAUGAGAAACGGCCUGCGUGCUCCCAGGAUCAGAAGAAAGAGGAGGCAAUAGAAUACCCACAAAUGAAAAAAAUAGAAGAAAACCCCACAUUUGAAAACGAAAUGCAAUGCAAUUACUCGACUGAAAAAUACAGCAAUGACCAAAAUGAUAAAAUAUCCUCUGCCCAGGAGAAGAACAUUGAACGUUGCAUCGGAAAAUAUGAGUUGGACCAUGGUGAAAAGUGCGACCCGGGUGUAAAAAAAAAGUCGGAAAAGAUUGAAAAUCAAGUGGACAUAUGUAAGGAACACGGACAAGUUGACGGGAAAGCAACACUGAACACAAACAGCAAUUGCGUAACGGUAGAACUCUCACAGGCCGCUUCCUCGAGUACGAAAAGAGAAAGCAGUUUCAUCGAUAAUGCAUCAGUCAAUUCCACCUGCGCCCAGGCCCCCCCCGGGCUGACCCCCGGGAAUUAGCAUUUUUUUUGCCUUGGAUGGCAAAUUCCCGGGGGUGGGGACUCUUGAGCUGGCAAAUCCCCCGGGGUGGGGAAGAAAAAAGAGGGCAAAUGCCCCGUCAUCCGUCAACAGUGUAACAUUUUUUAUUGAUCGCACAGUCUAAUAGUGCCAUUUUAAGGUGCGAUUUUUUGCUCCAUUAACGUCUUCCUUUGUAAUAGCGCUAGGAUUCUAAUUAAGACUUCACGCCGCGACGACAUGCACCAGUUUAUGGUUUUAGUAUUGAUAUAAAAUUAUUGACAUUAACAUUAAUAAAGCGCUGUAAAGUUAUAUGUUAUGAAUAGAUUUAUAAAUGUGAAAGGGUGCUUCUCAAAUAAUAUCAACAGAAAUUCGAUUCAAUAACCAAAAAACGUUGAUUCACAUCGAUAGCUCCAAUUUCCCUAUGUAAUUCUGGCUUAAUAAGCAAUGAAGAAAUGCAUACAUACAUGCAAAAUCGAGAACAUGCCUUUUACAACCCUCUAUAAUUUAUUCCUGUCCUUGACAGAUGAGCCAGUCUCCUUUUUUUCCAGUAAAACCUUCUGUGUAGUUAUAUUCUGAUAGGAAACCGCGUGCGUAUCAAAAGCUCGGGAAUGGCCCAGGCGUUGGCAAAUGCCCGGCCCCCGGACAGUGCAAAAUUUGCAAAUGCCCCACCCCCGGGACUAACAAGGCGGGCAAAUGCCCCGAAGCAGCCCGGGGGGGGGCUGGGCGCAGGUGGAAUUGACUGAUGCAUAACGAAAGCGCAAAGAGGCAAAAGACAGAAUCAUGUCACGAAAAAUCAGAAAAACAAUUGCUCCUUGACAAGGACAAGAGAGAGUGCGUGACUGUAAGGAGUGAAACGAGGGAAGACCAUCAACCAAAGGAAAGAAAAAAUCUAUUUGAGAUUUUUAAAUCUCGUUUCCAGGGCACUAAUACGCUUUCGAAUUCUUCGGUGUUAACAGCUGAAAAGAACUGUAAGUCUAACCAGAACGUUGUGGAACUCAUCAAGAGCGCGAAUGGCUUGAGCAAAAAGCUACAAAGUUGCGGAAAAGAAGAUCAUAAGUCAGUGUCUUUGGACUGCGAUAGAAAUAUCUGGUCAACUUUAAUGAAGGAUGGAAUUUCUUAA